AUGAACAUGAUCCAACGUACCUCACUGUGGCCGCUGACGUUUGGUUUGGCUUGCUGCGCCUUUGAAAUGAUGCAGUUUGCUGCUCCACGUUACGAUAUGGAUCGUUACGGUGUCGUCUUCCGUGCUUCUCCAAGACAGACUGAUUUGAUCAUUGUCGCUGGAACUGUGACAAACAAAAUGGCGCCAGCCCUUCGAAGAAUCUACGACCAGAUGCCAGAGGCAAAGUGAGU